ACACACACACACUCUCUCUCAGUCUCUCUCCCACCAUCCCUCCUCCGCGCUGCCAGUGCCAGGAAAAUUCCACACGCCCCGUUUCGGAUCCCCUCUCCCUUCUCCGCUUCGCUUCUCUCUGACUCUUCCUCCCCAGCUCCUGCGACGGCGGAGGUCCCCCCCCGCGCGCGGCGACCCGGGCGGCGGGCGCCGGAUGGGGUACCUCUCGUGCCGCACGGACUCGUCCGUGGCGACGUGCCGCUCCAUCACGGCCAUCUCGCCGCUCCCCAUCUCGCGCCGCUCCGGGGGCGGCGGCGGCGGCGGCGGCGGCUCCUCCAGGCCCGCCGCGCUGCCGCCGGCGGGCGCCGCCGCGGUCGAGCGCUUCGACUACGCGGAGCUGGAGGCGGCCACGUCCCACUUCGCGGAGGCCGCGCUGCUGGGGAGGGGCAGCCACGGGGCCGUCUACAAGGCCGUGCUCCCCUCGGGCCGCGCCGUCGCCGUCAAGCGCCCCUCCCCGCGCCGCCCCGAGGUGGACAACGAGAUCCGCAUCCUCUCCUCCGUCCGGGGCCCGCGCCUCGUCAACCUGCUCGGCUUCUCCGACCCCGGCACCGGACCCGCCGAGCGCCUGCUCGUCGUCGAGUACAUGCCCAACGGCACGCUCUACGACCUGCUCCACUCCAACCCGCGCCCGCCGGGCUGGCCGCGCCGCCUCCGCCUCGCGCUCCAGACCGCCAGGGCGCUGCGCGCGCUCCACGACGCCGACCCGCCCGUCAUCCACCGCGACGUCAAGUCCGCCAACGUCCUGCUCGACGCCAACCUCGACGCGCGCCUCGGCGACUUCGGCCUCGCCCUCCGCGUGCCCAGGGCCAACGGCGCCAAUGCCGCCGCCGCCGCCGCGCCCGCUCCCGCCGGCACGCUGGGCUACCUCGACCCGGCCUACGUCACGCCCGAGAGCCUCAGCACCAAGACCGACGUCUUCAGCUUCGGGAUCCUGCUGCUCGAGAUCAUGAGCGGCCGCAAGGCCAUCGACGUCCAACACUCGCCGCCGUCCGUCGUCGAGUGGGCGGUCCCCCUUCUGCGCAAAGGCAGGGUGGCCGCGCUGUUCGACCCGCGCGUGGCGCCGCCGCGGGACCCAGCCACCCGCAAGGACCUGGCCGCGCUGGCCGCCAGCUGUGUGCGCUCGUGCAGGGAGCGGCGGCCGUCCAUGGCUGACAUCGUCGAGCGGCUCAGGGUUCUCAGCAAAGCGGUGUCUGCUAAGGUGUGGAACGGGCUCGCCGACGGUCUUGCAGUGGUCGGCAACCCUUGCGCCGUCGUUGAUGUUCAGAAGACCAUCUCAAAGCGAGCCGCUGCCAGCAGCAGAGCUGAAUCAGAGCGGGAAUCGACUUCAGCAUUGGCGUUUGAUGAUGAUGAAAAGGAGGAUGCGGAUGCAGAGGCCUUGGAGGAGGAUCAGGUACCGUUGGUUGGCGCCAAGAAGUCACCCCGGCGGCUGAAGAAUGGGAUAGUGUUGUCUGAGGCUGGGGCUCGGGAGAGGAGAAAUCUCUUGGAGCUCAUGGCUAGGAUCGAUGGUGUUGCCGGCCAAAGAUUCGGCAUUAGCAGAGCCAGAACAGUUCGUGCUGCUGGUGAGCUUAUUGAAAAGGAUGCGGUUUUGCUCCUAAGGAGGAAUAAGACUGUAAGAGUUGUUGGAUCUGAGGGGCUCCCAAGAUCCGAAAGGGUUUCUCACUUUGAUGUGAAGAUAAAACACAAAGUGGCGAAAGAACAAGAGAAGGCAGGGGAAGUACAAGCUAAGGUUGAGGAAGUCCAAGCCAAGGCAGGGGAAGUUCAAGAGAAAAAACAAGAGAACACAUGUGAAACCCAAGAAAGUUCCAAGGAAAUAGUGGGCGAAGCAGAUAAAUUGUUAGAAGAGACUUAUGCAAACCUCGACAAAGAAGAGAGAAUUCAAGAAUGCAAAGGGCAAAGCCUUGAAAAAGCAGAAAAUGUUAACGAGAAUGAAGGCAACAUCCAAGGCACCACAGAGAAGAUUCGAGAAAGUGAAGGGGAAAUCCAAGACAAAGUAGACAAAAUCCAUUUGAACAGCGGGGAUAGUUAAAUUUGUACAAUGAUCUUGAGGUCAGUUUAAUCAAUUAUCUCCUUGCAGUAUAUCUCAAGGACAAAGCUUGCGAGAUGGAAAUCUCAUUCCCAGUUCCCAGCUAUCUUCAUGGUAAUGGCAUUAUACCAGAAGUAUUGGUGAUUGGCCAAUACAGCCUUGAAUUCAGAUCCAAGCAAUGUGAUCUAUCAUUUGGGAAUGCCAGCAAUGACAAAUACUCCCAAGCUAUUGAAUCUUGGGUGAUAGCCAAUACAAUGGUUUACUGCUGAUAUCUUCAGAUUCGAUUUAAGCAACUGGUAAUCAUUGCGCUGCUUCAAUCCGAGUCAGGUGGAGGCGUGGAGCUUCAAAAGGCUGCUAAUUAGUAAAUUGCUGUAGUGAUGUAGCAUUCUUUCAUUGAUUAUUUUUCCUGCCUGCAUUCAACAAGAAGCAUCAACUGUCGAAGUUGAUUUGUAUAUAUGUAGGCAUAGUGGUAGCUGCAGUAGUGUAAGCAUGGCUGAACUCUUGAGAUCGAAACAACAAAGCAGUGGAUCUCCAGAUUCGAUUUAAGCAACUGGUAAUCAGUUUGCAGCUUCAAACCGACUCAAGUGGAGCUUCAAAAUGGCUGCUAGUUGAAGUAGAUUGUUGUAUUCUCUCGUUGAAUAUUUUUGCUGUCUGCAUACAAUGAAACAACAAGCAUCAUGAAAUGCCGAGUUGAUUUUGUAUAUAUAGGACAGUGGUACAUGUCCUCGUGCAAUGCUCACAUGCUCGUGUUCUAGUCCA